GACACCAACAUCCAACAAAGACCAAACCACCGGGAGCUAUCUUGAGCCUCACAACCCGAGACCAGAAGCUUGUUUUGCGCCAUGUUACUAGACCCGCCGCCGUAUUUGGCAGCGCUGCAAGGCAACGUCCGCCAGCGACUGAUUCCGUGGGAUGGCGCCGUUCGCGCAGGCACCCUGACCGAAGACCAACUCGCCCGCAUCCGCGCCGUCGACAAGGUCAAGCGGGAUGUGCGCAAACAAACCGUCGAGGCCGACUUGGAUGGCUACCGCACACUGUUCGUCGGAGAGCCGGGGAAGAAGAGCGUCCUCGAAUCUGCCGCAAAGCGACAGGAUGUGGUGCAGAACAUCCUCGUCCUCUUGAGCGAUCUGCUCGACAGCGUACCGGCGCUAUCUAAAGCUAUCCUCCAGACCGGCGACCCCUACCGACAUUUCCUUCCGCUCCUCGCGCACUCGUCCAACACCGAAGACCCGAUCCCGCUCCUUACCUCGACGGUGCUCGUAAAGCUCCUGUCCGGGUCCCGAGACGAGUCCCCCGCCACGGUCGGCAAGGCCCUUCCCGUCAUCUUCAGCUACCUCUCGUCCCUGACCAAGAACUCGGACGCCGGGCUUCAAGACAUUGGCGUGCAAGAGUACUCGUCCCUGCUCUAUGGGCGGGCGCCGAGGCAGCAGUUCUGGAAGCAACGGAGCGAAACAGUCACGCCCCUUAUCGAGAUCCUCCGAGCGGCGGCCGGUGUUGGCAACAGCGAUGCUUCGGCCAGUCUCUGGAGUGGCGCUACGGGGACGACGAGGAGCGGAUUCGAAGGGUCCCUCAGUGGCGGGGUUGGCCUCCAACUCCUCUACGGGGUGCUGCUGGUGAUGUGGCAGCUCAGUUUUGAGGGCGAGGACAUUGGCGAUGAUAUCAACGAUGAAUACGACAUCGUCCUACUCUACACCCAACUCCUCCGCCUCUCCCCCAAGGAGAAGACCACCCGCCUUCUCAUCUCGACCCUCCUCAACCUCCUCACCCAGAACCAAAACACGCUCCUCCCCACCGCCGUCCUCGCCCGGCUCCCCGCCCUACUCCAGAACCUCAAGACGCGGCAGUUCGCCGACCCCGACCUGCGCGAGGACAUGGACAAGCUACGGGAGCUGCUGGACGAGUACACCAAGACCAAGACGACGUUCGACGAGUACGUCGGGGAGCUCAACUCGGGCCACCUGCGGUGGUCGCCGCCGCACCGCAACACGGUGUUCUGGGCGGAGAACGCGCGCAAGAUCCUCGAGGCCGAGAACGGCGCGCUGGUGCGCCGCCUCGCCGACAUCAUGCGCAAGCCCUGGGACAACGACAAGGCCGUGCUCGCCAUCGCCUGCAACGACGUCGGCUGCCUCGUCCGCGAGGUCCCCGAGAGGCGGAGCCAGCUCGAGCGCCUGGGGCUCAAGACCCGCGUCAUGGAGCUCAUGGCCGAGCCCGACGAGAACGUCCGCUGGGAGAGCCUGCGCGCCCUCGGCGGCUGGCUGCAGUACAGCUUUGAUAGUACCAAGUAGUGUCUGAGUCUGCCUGCGCGGCGCGCUCGAGGGAGCCGGGGGAGGGUGGUCAGCAUGGCGGUGGCGGUGGGUUGGGCGUGUUUUGUGUGUUUUUUUUGUUCUUGUUUUGGCGAAGGCAUGUUAGUUACCUAGGUACGUUACAUGUUGGACAUGGUGAUCUGGCAUCCGGAAUGGCACUUUAGACUGGCUCGAGUUCUGUUGGUUGUACUUGGUACUUGAAUACAUGUGGUGUAUGCUCUGUUUGGUCCGAAUAUCCGGACGGACUUAUGUUUUCAGAACUAUGAAACCGACCGUUAUAUCGGUUAGUUAACCCAGGAAUGGUCAACAACUCACA